AUGGAAGAAAAAUCGAAUUCGUUUUCCAGCAAAAAAGAAGUGGAAAAAGCAGAUGGGAAUAAUAUAUUUCAGAGUCAAGACUCGAUACAGAAGAAGAAUAUGGGGAGCCAGAGCAUGAAAUCAGGGGACCACCCGAACUCGGUGGGCUUCAAGGGUGACCAGGAGGAAGCCUUGGUCGGGUUCGACGAUCUAGACGGGUCCGGGAACCGACACGGCUUUAUGCAGAGGCAAUUUGGAGCGAUGAUGCAGCCUGGCGUCAAUAAGUUCUCCCUGCGAAUGUUCGGCAGUCAGAAAGCCGUUGAGAAAGAGCAAGAAAGGGUCAAAACUGCGGGAUACUGGAUCAUUCACCCCUAUAGCGAUUUUAGGUUCUACUGGGACUUGGUAAUGCUGGUCAUGAUGAUGGGGAACCUGAUCAUCAUUCCUGUAGGAAUAACCUUCUUCUCGGAGCAGACCACCACCACCUGGCUAAUAUUCAACGUAGCAUCAGACACAAUCUUCCUCGUGGAUCUGGUCAUGAACUUUCGCACUGGAAUCGUCAACGAGGAGAGCUCCGAGAUCAUCCUGGACCCCAAGGUCAUCAAGAUGAACUACCUGAAGAGCUGGUUUGUGGUUGACUUCCUCUCGUCCAUACCAGUGGAUUAUAUAUUUCUAAUAGUGGAAAAGGGGUUUGACUCAGAGGUGUACAAGACGGCGAGGGCGCUGAGGAUCGUUAGGUUUACUAAGAUUCUGUCACUUCUGAGGUUGCUGAGACUUUCCCGACUCAUCAGAUACAUACAUCAGUGGGAAGAGAUCUUCCAUAUGACCUACGACCUGGCCAGUGCUGUGGUAAGAAUAUUUAAUCUGAUAGGGAUGAUGCUACUGCUCUGCCACUGGGAUGGUUGCCUACAGUUCCUGGUUCCCCUCCUACAAGAUUUCCCCCAAGAUUGCUGGGUGUCGCUAAAUGGUAUGGUUAAUGACUCGUGGGGUAAGCAGUACUCGUACGCUCUCUUUAAGGCCAUGAGCCACAUGCUGUGUAUCGGGUACGGCGCCCGGGCGCCUGUCAGCAUGUCCGACCUGUGGAUCACCAUGCUCAGUAUGAUUGUGGGCGCCACCUGCUACGCCAUGUUCGUCGGCCACGCCACCGCUCUCAUCCAAUCACUGGACUCGUCCCGCAGGCAGUACCAAGAGAAGUACAAACAAGUGGAGCAGUACAUGUCAUUCCACAAGCUACCUGCAGACAUGCGGCAGAAGAUCCAUGAUUACUAUGAGCAUCGCUAUCAAGGCAAGAUCUUUGACGAGGACAAUAUCCUGAGUGAGCUCAACGACCCUCUCAAAGAGGAAAUUGUGAACUUCAACUGCCGGAAGCUUGUGGCUACCAUGCCACUGUUCGCCAACGCAGACCCCAACUUCGUGACGGGCAUGUUGAGCAAGCUGAAGUUCGAGGUGUUCCAACCCAACGAUUACAUCAUCAGAGAGGGUACCGUGGGCAAGAAGAUGUACUUCAUCCAACAUGGUGUGGCCAGUGUUAUCACCAAGCUCAACAAAGAGAUGAAGCUGACUGACGGCUCCUACUUUGGAGAAAUUUGUCUGCUGACGAAGGGGAGACGCACGGCCAGCGUUCGUGCCGACACUUACUGCCGUCUCUUCUCCCUCUCUGUGGAUCACUUCAACGAGGUGUUGGAGGAGUACCCCAUGAUGCGCCGUGCCUUCGAGACUGUAGCCAUCGACCGCCUGGACCGCAUCGGAAAGAAGAACAGCCUACUCCUCCAGAAGUUCCAGAAGGACCUGAACGCUGGGGUAUUCAACACACAGGAGAACGAGAUAUUGAGGCACAUAAUCCAUCAGGACAGGGAGAUGGUGAUGAUGGUGGACCGCAAGCAGUCGGUCACAGGGAUGUCGGUCACCGGGAUGAAUUCAACCCCGAUAUCUGGAAAUUCCAUGAUUAACUCUCCUGCUCAGCAGACCUACACCACUGCCCUGGGCACCAACCAGUUUCAGCAGUCAUCCGCCCAUUUAACAUGCAGUGCUUCGGGCGUCAUUGCUCCCUCUGCCGCAGCCACCGCCCGCAUCCUGCCAGCCUCGACGCAGGGUGUCUACCCUGUCCCCAGUGUCUCCCACAGCAGCCUGAACUCAUCCUCGCCUGUACCCCAGACCCCCCUCUCUCUCCAGCAGCAAGGAGCUAUCAUGUCCCCAGUAUCCUGCAACACGGCUGUGUGCAGUCCACCUGUGCAGACCCCUGGGCUGGCGGGACGCAGCUUCCAGUAUGGCUCGCCCACCACCUCCCAGCUCUCCCUUUUCCAGCAGCCGCUGCCUACUGCCCUACCACCCCAACAACCACUACCACAGCUGCCCCAGAAAACAGGAGGAGCUGCAGCCUCCUUGGCAACACAACAACCACAGCAGCAGCAGCAGCAGCAGCAGCCAACACAGCAGCAAGUCCCUUCACCUCAGAGGAGUGACAUUCUCCACAAGGGCAGCCAUACUCUCCAGUCUGGAAGCCUGAGUCAAGGUGUACGCCACCUAUCUGCCUCCCAACCCUCCCUGCCACAUGACACAUCCCUGGGGCCCAGAGCGCACCCUGGAGUGUCCGGGGACUUCCUGUCCUCCAUCGCCCUGCCGGUGGCUGCGGUCCAGGGGCCAGGUAUGCAGAGCGGUCUCCGCACCACAGCGCCCCAGAGGGUCAACCUGUUCUGCCAGAUGUCAUCGGGAGCAUUGCCCCCGGUGCGAGCGGCGUCCUCUACAGCCCAGCACAGGGAUUCCACAGGUUCUAGAAAAGAUUCUAGAAGGGAUUCUAACUUAAGCAGUACAGAGACUGACCAAGAUAAGAUGCGGUUCGCAUCAAAUUUAUGAUCCCAUUUGACUUUUUUAAACUUCUGUUUGAAUUCACUUUUAAUGGAGAUACAAGAAAUGAUAGACAAAUUUCUUCUGAAAAAAUAACCUCAUAGAAUUCCUGUACAGACUACCCUUGUAUUAUAUUUUAGACACAUUUUCUUCCUAAACUUAAGAAUGUAUAUUAAACAAAUAUAUAUCAAUAUUUGUAAAUCCAACUAGAAUAUUUGGCAAAGACUAUUUAAAAGCUCUAGUAUAUAAAACAUGAGUAUUCCUUUCCGAAAAAUAUAAAUAUACAAUGUAUGGAUAUUUUUUUUUGGGGGGGGGGGGGGGGUUGUUUGUUUGUUCUUUUCUGUUUUUGUAAACUGGAAUGCGUCGUGAUGAAUCCUGAGUAUUUAUAUUUUUGGUUUUGUACCUGCGAAAAGAGGAACAAAUAUCAUCUCAUACUACGCAGCUUUGUCACCACUGUGGAAUAACUGACGCAAGCGAACCUUGAAACUGUCAAAAA